AUGACGACUAUCGAAGAUAUACAGAAGAUCGUAUUACGCCCUUUCCAAAAUCACCGGCAGCUUUCAAUGCGAGAAGCAGAGACGUUAUCUUUGGAACUUGUUGGAAUCCUAUGCGACUCCUACUGUAAGAAUAGAGAGACGCUGAAGUAUGUCGCUAGAUUUCUUACGCAAGAUACCUACCAGGAUAUAUUAGACGAAAGAAAUCUAAACAAGAUGUGUGGCUAUCCUAUGUGUGCGAAGGCGCCAGAAAGGGUUCGUGAUCCGUUUUCCAUCAGCGAUAACACCAAGAAGUUUCUUUGGGAGAAUAAUCCUUACGCCUAUCUAUCGACGUACUGCAGUAAGUUUCAUUUCAGAUGCUCCCAAUUUUAUCAGGUUCAGCUUUCGGACGAAGCACUCUUUGCCAGGACUGGUGUUCAUCUGAUAGCACAAAAUGCAACGGAGGAGGCUACAUUCGCAGAGAAAUAUGAAGUUACUCUAUUCGAGGAGCUGCUGCGAAAAAAGGCAUCGGAAGACGAUGUUAAAUCGCUGAUAAUGGGUUUGAAAAGACUUGGGAUUCAAAGCGGCGAAGUUGAGUCCCCAGAGAACGACGAACAAAUGCAGGAAGAUCUUUCGAAAUGGUUAUCAGACAUCAAAAUCGUGGAAAAUAAAGAGCCGAGUAUCUUAGGCGAUCUGACGAAAGAAGAUUCACCUUGA